AUGGCUGAAUGGGGAAAAGGUGAUCCUCGUUGGAUUGUUGAAGAUCGUCCAGAUGCUACAAAUCCAAAUAAUUGGCAUUGGAAAGAAAAAAAUGCGACCCAAUGGUCAAAAGAUAAAUUAAAAGAAUUAUUAGUUGGACUUAAAAUCGAAAAUGAAGAACAAUCAUGUGAAAUAAAAGAUUUAUCAAAUUGUACUGGUGAAGCAACAGCUAAUAAUCGAAAGGCUAAACUUGUUUUUAUCUAUGAAUGGCAAAUUAGAGGCACUUGGGAAGGAACAUAUCUUACAGGUGAUAAUCGAACCAAAUAUGAAGGAAAUUUUGAAAUACCCAAUUUAUCGGAUGAAAAUGAAAUACAUGAAGUUACUAUAACAUUUUCUGUUGAAAAAUCUAAAGGUGAUAAAUUAAAAGAGAUGAUGCGAAAAGAAGGUGAACCAAUAGUACGUGAAAAACUUGCGGAAUAUAUUCGUUCACUUAAAGAAGAAUUUUCUCAAGGACUUAUUUUACCAACAAAAACAAAUUCAAAUGCUCCUACGACUCAAUCAAAAUCAUCUAUAAAUACAUCUAAUAAAAUUCCAAUUACACAAUUACCAACAGGCCAAAAUAAUUCAGGAGUUGUUGAAGUAAGAGAUAUCAAAGUUCAAGAUACAUUUAAAUGUACAAAAGUCGAUUUAUUUAAAGCAUUUUGUGAUAUCGACCGAGUUAAAGCAUUUACACAAAAUAGUGUUACACGAUAUGAUUGUAAAAAAGGUGGAUUUUUUUCAAUAUUUAGUGAUAAUAUAACAGGACGUUUCGUUGAUAUUGUCCCGUAUGAACGUGUUGAUAUGUUAUGGCGUUUUAAAUCAUGGCCUAGUGAUCAUUAUUCUCGUGUUGCAUUAUUAUUUCAAGAUGAUACUGAUCAAACCAAACUUGUUAUAGAACAAACAGGUGUACCAGUUCAAUUCUAUGAAAAUACAAAAGAUGGUUGGAAACGUUUCUAUAUCAAUAGUAUAAAAACAACAUUUGGCUACGGAUCAUCAUUGUUUUAG